GUAACCCUCGCAUGUCCCUUCCCGCCGCCCCCCGCACUUCUCUGUUUCGUCCAAAACCAUCGCCUUCGUCACCGAACCGUCUCGAUACAGUCGCAAUUGGAGUUAGCUGGGAACGCGACGACGGAAUCGCGGCUUACAAAGGCCCAAAAAUCCCAUUUUUUUCCUCCUUCAGCUCCUCUCCUACCCGAAACCAUUGAGGAAGGUAACUCCACGUUUUUUUUUUUUCGCGCGAAGCGUCCGUGCCGGAAUUACUAAAUCCACUGCUUCACGGGAUUUAGGUCGAAAUCCGUGAAAUCAGGAUUUAUCAAAUCCGAGGCUUUAUUUUGUCCAAAAUGACCGUCUGGCAUGUUUUAGGUUAAAUCCAGCUUAAACCCUGCUCUAAAUCAGUUACCAGACAGGCACUUAGGAAAUCACUAAGCCACAGACAUUGCAGUAUAAUUCUUUGUCAUCUUCCAACUCUUCGUCUACUGUCUGAAUUUGACGUGCAGAAAUUAUUGCUGGUCGUCGAUUUCAGGGCGAGAGCUAUCCGAUGAGUUGAGUAUCCAAAAAAGCAGUCAUGGCGAAACCCGACAAUGUUCCAGUCAGAUGCCCACACUGCGCUGGACCUCUCUCCAAGGACUUGGAAGCGAGUAGUUGGACGGUCGGGCCACUAGUCCGAGAUAGCUUCUCCAUGAUUGGCACAGCCGUGGGAGGUACUGCAAGUGCUUUUUUUGGAUUCAACCAUGUUAUGCCUGUGGUUAGGAGAUGGGCGAAGGGUCCCAUGUGGAUACGUUUUCUUGUUGGGGCUCCACCGGUGAUAGUAUUCUCUUCUGCUUGUGCUGGACUAGCAGGUGGUGCUGUACCUGCUCUAGCGCAGUUGGUUUCUUCUUCAAGCUAUUCAGCAAUGUCCUCCGGAUUUACUCGUAAAUCUUCCCAGGAUGACAAUAAUAUGCAAAAAUCCAGAAGCUCUUCUCCUCUGUAAUUCAGGCCCCGAGGAGAAACAAACUGUGGGACAUGAUCCAGGCUACAAUUGCUAAGCUUUCCCUCUAUUCGCUGUGAAUGUCUGUUACACUGCUACCAUUUUUCGGUGCAUGUUAUAUUAUAUGGUUCAAAUGCUUGCAAUGUUAUUAUUAAUUUUGUUUCUCUUAUUUACUUAACCUUUUGGUUUCA